UUUCUCUUUAAGCCAAAUGCUAGGUCAAUUAGACGAGAAACAACUUUUCCGGUUGAUUCCUCUAUGGCCUUAAUUUGUCUUGUUUAGGGUUUUCGGUGUGUUUUGUUUUUUUUUUUCAAAGAAGAAGGCACCGACCUGAUCGUUCUUUGUACUGAGACCUGUCUUUUGCUUCCCUUGGCCCUCAAAGAUCUAGAAGAAAGAAAAUCGUACUUCCAAGAAACCAGUAUUUGCAGGUCAGGUCUUGUUUUGGUUUUAUUUUUCCUUAGAAACAAAAAAGUCUUAGCAGCUAAAUAUCUCGACCUACUUUUUUUCUUUUUUUUUUUUCUUUCCUUUUCCCCCCAUUUUGCCAUCACUCUUAUGGUUGGAUUUUCAUCUAAAUCAUAUCAUCUAGUGUGAUAAAGAAGAUAAAAUUUGGAGGGGGUCAUCAUACCAUCAUAAUGAACUUUGUGCAAGAAGAAAAAGGGUAUUGCAAUAAUGAAGAUCAGGAAGACGAUGAGGAAGUCAUAAGAGAAAUUACGAGCAAUUUCCCAUGUUCCUCUUACUCUUCUUCUGCUCCUUCUAAGUACAAAGAUAUUGUUCCUGAGCAACAUCAAAACUUGUGGCUGGGAACCUUGGAUUCUCGAGAAGAUUACAAAACCCAAGAGUCUGCUAUCAAUUUUGACAAGAAACUAGAGCUGAUGGACUUGUCACUUGGCAACAAUAAUGAAGAAUCAAAUAUUGGAAGCUGUAGAGCUGGCGGUGAUAGUAGUAGGUAUAUAGAGAGAGAACACAUGUUUGAUAAAGUUGUCACACCAAGCGAUGUAGGCAAGCUCAACCGCCUUGUUAUACCCAAGCAACAUGCUGAGAAGUACUUCCCUCUUGACUCGUCAUCAAAUGAAAAAGGGCUGUUGCUGAAUUUUGAAGAUCAGAACGGCAAGUCGUGGCGGUUCCGGUACUCCUAUUGGAAUAGCAGCCAGAGUUAUGUGAUGACCAAAGGGUGGAGUCGUUUUGUCAAGGAAAAAAAGCUUGAUGCAGGUGAUAUCGUGUCAUUUCAACGGGGUGUUGGGGAGUCAGGAAAAGACCGGUUAUACAUUGGCUGUAGGCGCAGGCCGAAUGCACCAGAUCCAACAUCGAUUGCACAUAUUCAGCUCCAAAAUCAGUUCAACUUUCCUCAGUCAGUCCGGUGGGGUAGACUCUACUCGCUGCCUCAAUCCAUGUGCGAGUCACGGAACUAUGAGCCUUUGCAUAGGUUGAAUUACAGUAUUUAUCCUUAUAAUCAUCACCAUCAACAACAACUACUACAGCAAGAGCAACAACAACAGCUACAGAUGCAGCAUCAGGCAAUUACUUAUGGCAAUAUGGCGCAGUAUUAUCUAAGGUCAUCAUCUGGGUCACAUCACCAUCAUCAAAUUGUGUCAGUGCAAGGAGGAGAAGAGCCAAUGGUGAUUGAUUCAGUGCCAGUUGUUCAGGGUCAUAAAACUGCUGUUAAAAGGCUAAGGUUGUUUGGUGUUAACAUGGAGUGUCCUACACAAGAUGAAUCUUCCUCUACUUUUCCUCAUGGCACAAUAGAAUCAGAUGAUUCUCCUCAUUUCUCUUACUCUUCUCUCCAACCAAAAUUGUCCGAUAAUAAUAAUAAAACCCCACUUUCCGGAAUGCAAGCUGAUUAUUCAAUGAAAGGAAAAUCUUCCUUGUCCAUUGAUUGAGAUCUCUGAUGAAGAGGAAAAUACAGUGAAGGAUUGCAUUUUCUCUCUUUGUUGCCUUAUCAUCAAAAUUUCGACAGCCUCUGGAUUUAGGAAAAAGGUUUGAAAGACGUUGGAGAUAAGUUUUAGCAUUCCGAGUUUUUUUUUUUUUUUUUUUUUACUUUAUUUAUUUCUUUAAAUAUUGUUUUAGUUAGUUAAGGUUUGGGAUCUGUGAAGAGCUAAAUAUGAAAGAAGGUGAAAAUUGUGUAUAAUACAUAUACAAAUAUAUCAUAAGCGUAUUCCCAACUUGUUUAUUAAAUAAUAUUUUUCCAUUACUAGGCCCUGCCCUUUCCAAACUGAAUCUGUGGCUUGAUUGUAUUCCCCAGUUUGUUUCCCCUCUUCUAUAUAUAGUUAUCUUAUCAUCUGUAAU